AUUUGUUAAAAAGUAGUCUCCUGAUGCAGAAAGUGUCCUGUUCUUGUAGAAAGCAAACUCUUUUAGAGUAUGAUCUCUUGUACAUGAAGGGGACUCUUGUCAAACUGUUAGAAUCUAUCUAAUAGAGAUAUAUUCCGCGAAUCAUGAAGCAAACUUAUCGAGACAUCGACAAAGAUGGGAAAGGGCAAGUCAGUUUAAUGCCGGAAGAAUCCGAAGAUUUGUGGCAUGCAUACAACCUGAUAGCCAUUGGUGACUGCGUGACCGCCUCUACUAUAAGGAAAGUCCAACAAGAAUCGGCAACAGGCAGCUCGACCAGCAGCCGGGUUCGCACAACACUGACCAUACAAGUAGAGGCAAUAGACUUUGAUACUCAAGCAUGUGCCUUACGUUUGAAGGGCCGCAACACCGUCGAAAACCAGUACGUGAAGAUGGGGGCGUAUCACACGUUAGACUUGGAGCAGAACCGGAAGUUUACUUUGUUCAAGGUUCAUUGGGAUUCGGUUGCAAUUGAGCGAGUGGAUUCCGCCUGUGACCCCACGCAACACGCAGAUUUAGCAGCUGUUGUCAUGCAAGAUGGUUUAGCAUUUAUUUGUCUAGUAACUUCUGCUAUGACCCUCGUCCGCAAUAAGGUAGAAGUCCAGAUUCCACGGAAGCGGAAAGGCAAUGCACAGCAGCAUGAGAAGGGUCUACACAGAUUUUAUGAUACGGUGAUUCAGGGCAUUCUGCGCCACGUCAACUUCGAAGUAGUCAAGUGUGUCCUCAUAGCAAGUCCUGGUUUCGUUAAGGAUCAGUUCUACGAGUACAUGAUGCAGCAGGCCAUGAAGUCUGACAAUAAAGUUCUCCUUGACAACCGCGGGAAGUUUCUCUUGGUUCAUUCUUCAUCUGGCUUUAAACAUGCCUUGAAAGAAGUGCUGAUGGACCCAGUGGUUACGAUGAAGUUGGCAGACACAAAAGCUGCAGGAGAGGUCAAGUCCCUGGAGGCAUUUUACGUGAUGUUGAAAACGGAGCCGUCAAGGGCGUUCUACGGUUUGAAGCAUGUGCAGAAGGCGAAUGAGGCGCAAGCAAUUGAGACACUCAUGGUUUCAGACUCCUUGUUUCGGGCGCAAGAGGUAGGGAAAAGGAAAAUCUACGUUGACUUGGUUGACAGUGUGCGUGACAAUGGGGGAGACGUUAAGAUCUUUUCCAGUUUACACGUUUCCGGGGAACAGUUGGAUCAGUUGACGGGGGUUGCAGCGAUUUUACGUUUUCCAAUGCCCGAUUUGGAGGAGGAAGAAAUCAGUGAUGAGGAUUGA